CUCGAAGUCGUCCUCCCGCUUCCACACUAUUCUGGGCCCUCUGCGAACUCCUCCUUCCUGCCUCCUAUAAUCCAUCUCUUCUCUCUCCAAAUCGCAGAUACGCAACCGAAAAACACAAACGGCAAGCGAAUCACGGCGAGGAAUUCGACGAACACCUCACGAAUCCCCCCAAUCACCACAGCUUGUUCUAGCCUGUAGAUUGUACUGUGGAAGAAGGUAGCGAUGAAUCCCGACAAAUUCACGCACAAGACCAACGAGGCGCUGGCCUCGGCGCACGAGUUGGCGUCGGAGGCCGGCCACGCCCAGAUCACGCCGCUACACCUCGCCGCGGCGCUGGCCGCGGACCGGUCGGGCGUCCUCCGCCAAGCCAUCGCGCACGCGUCAGGCGGCAACGACGUCGCCGCCGCCGACUCCUUCGAGCGCGUCGUGGCCGCUGCACUCAAGCGGCUGCCCACGCAGUCGCCGCCACCUGAUACCGUCCCGGCGUCCCCUGCGCUGGUCAAGGUCAUCCGCCGCGCGCAGUCCGCACAGAAGGAGCGCGGGGACUCCCAUCUCGCCGUCGACCAGCUGCUCGUCGGUCUCCUCGAGGACCCACAGGUGUCCGACGCGCUCAAGGAGGCCGGCGUUGCCGCGUCGCGGGUGAAGGCGGUGGUCGAGAAGCUCCGCGGCGACAACCGCCGCGUGGAUUCCGCCUCAGGGGAUUCCAGCUUCCAGGCGCUCAAGACGUACGGCCGCGACCUAGUUGAGGUGGCGGGCAAGCUCGACCCGGUCAUUGGCCGCGACGAGGAGAUCCGGCGCGUGGUGCGGAUCCUGUCGCGGCGCACGAAGAACAACCCCGUCCUCAUCGGCGAGCCCGGCGUGGGCAAGACCGCCGUCGUGGAGGGGCUCGCUCAGCGGAUCGUGCGCAGCGAUGUCCCCAGCAACCUCCUCGACGUGCACCUCGUCGCGCUCGACAUGGGCGCCCUUGUGGCCGGCGCCAAGUACCGCGGCGAGUUCGAGGAGCGGCUCAAGGCCGUGCUCAAGGAGGUGGAGGAGGCCGAGGGGAAGGUGAUCCUGUUCAUCGACGAGAUACACCUCGUACUCGGUGCCGGGAGGACGGAAGGGUCCAUGGACGCGGCUAACCUGUUCAAGCCAAUGCUCGCGAGGGGGCAGCUUAGGUGCAUUGGCGCGACGACACUCGAGGAGUACCGGAAGUACGUCGAGAAGGACGCAGCAUUCGAGAGGCGGUUCCAGCAGGUGUACGUUGCCGAGCCCAGCGUUGUCGACACUGUCAGUAUCCUGAGAGGCCUCAAGGAGAAGUACGAGGGUCACCAUGGUGUCAGGAUCCAGGACCGUGCGCUCGUGGUUGCCGCCCAGCUCUCGUCGAGGUACAUCAUGGGUCGCCAUCUGCCUGACAAAGCUAUCGAUUUGGUUGAUGAGGCCUGUGCAAAUGUCAGGGUGCAGCUCGACAGCCAACCGGAGGUGAUCGACAACCUUGAGAGGAAGAGGAUUCAACUCGAGGUCGAGCUCCACGCGCUCGAGAAGGAGAAGGACAAGGCCAGCAAAGCUCGGCUAGUUGAGGUGAGGAAAGAAUUGGAGGAUUUGAGGGACAAGUUGCAGCCGUUGCAGAUGAAGUACCACAAGGAGAAAGAGAGGAUAGAUGAGAUUAGGAAGCUGAAGCAGCGUCGCGAAGACAUGUUGUUUAGCCUCCAGGAGGCUGAGCGCCGGAUGGACCUGGCCCGCGUGGCAGACAUCAAAUACGGUGCUCUCCUGGAGGUCGAUGCUGCCAUUGCCAAGCUGGAAGGUGAGACUGGAGAAAACCUGAUUCUAACUGAGACUGUCGGCCCUGAACAGAUUGCUGAGGUGGUGAGCCGCUGGACUGGCAUUCCAGUGACUAGGCUUGGGCAGAAUGAGAAGGAGAGGUUAGUUGGACUAGCUGAUAGGCUUCAUCAGAGAGUCGUUGGACAGCAAGAAGCCAUCAACGCAGUUGCAGAGGCUGUUCUGAGGUCUAGGGCUGGUCUUGGGCGGCCACAGCAGCCUACUGGCUCAUUCCUUUUCCUCGGUCCGACCGGUGUGGGCAAGACUGAACUUGCCAAGGCUCUUGCUGAGCAGCUAUUUGAUGAUGAGAACUUGCUUGUUCGCAUUGACAUGUCUGAAUACAUGGAGCAGCAUUCAGUUGCCCGGCUAAUUGGAGCACCACCUGGAUAUGUUGGCCAUGAGGAAGGAGGUCAACUGACAGAACAAGUUAGAAGGCGACCCUACAGUGUCAUUCUCUUUGAUGAAGUUGAGAAAGCACAUGUGGCAGUAUUCAACACUCUGCUCCAGGUUCUAGAUGAUGGAAGGCUGACUGACGGUCAAGGCAGGACAGUAGACUUCAGGAACACUGUAAUCAUCAUGACCUCAAACCUUGGUGCUGAGCACCUCCUAGCCGGGAUGGUGGGCAACAACUCGAUGAAGGCCGCUCGCGAUCUGGUUAUGCUGGAGGUGAGGAGGCAUUUCCGGCCCGAGCUUCUGAAUCGUCUGGAUGAGAUAGUGAUCUUUAACCCCUUAUCGCAUGAGCAAUUGAGGAAGGUUGCUCGGCUGCAGAUGAAAGAUGUGGCAUCCCGUCUUGCUGAAAGGGGUGUUGCCUUAGCUGUGACUGAUGCUGCCUUGGACGUGAUCUUGUCGCUCUCUUACGAUCCGGUCUAUGGUGCCAGGCCAAUCAGGAGAUGGAUUGAGAAGAGGGUAGUGACCGAGCUGUCCAAGAUGCUGAUCAAGGAAGAGAUAGAUGAGAACUCCGCUGUGUUCAUAGACGCUUCUCCCAACAAGGAUGAACUGACUUACAAGGUCAACAUGAACGGAGGACUAGUGAACGCGCAGACAGGGCAUAAGUCUGACAUCCUGAUCCAGAUUCCUAAUGGAGCUAUCAACGGCAGGGCAGCACAAGUGGUGAAGAAGAUGAGGAUUUUGCAGGAUGACGACGAUGCUGACGACAUGGAAGAAGAGAGAUAGACAUAUGAGCUCCUUGACGUAGUGAUAGACAAUUUUGGCAAGAAUUGUGUUUGGUGAACUGCAGCUUUGGGGUUGUCAAGUGCCAACACCCCUGCUAAUGGAAGUGAACUGGUAUUGAAGAUGAAACCGAAUUUUGACAUUAAAGCAAGUUUCCGUGGCAUUGAGUUCGGAUUGUGUUGGUUACCUUUGUUGUGCUCCCAGGUUCAGUGCGCCCAUCGAUUGGUAUCUUGAAAGCAUGCAGUUCAAAUUGCAACUUUUGCAUAUCUUUUUCUACCAUCCUCAGCAGGAUGGGACUUCUAUAUCUCGCCCCUUCGCGCUGAUCCCAGUGCUUGAGUGAAGAUUCCACAGCUGAAUAAUGCGACUUGGGCAACUGAUCUGUUGUUGGAUUUAUGCCCCCGCCAAGAUCAAGCAAUUAUCAUGUGUGGCAUGUGGACUUUGUGGAUGCAAUGGAAUAAAAGUCGACAUGGUGAGCUAACAAUGACGAUUCAACAAGCUGUGGUAUGGGCUAGAGACACGGCUCAUGAUCUGUGGAAGCUGGGACAUCAACUCGGUCAGCAGGCAGCAGGGAAAAAAACCGGUGCCGAGGUGUUUCAAGAUUAACACAGAUGCAGCGUUUUCUGAUGAUAGCAAGCAAGGGGCCAUUUCUUGUGUUAUCAGGGACCAUGAAGGUGCUUUUCAGGCAGCACGGUCCAUCUGGUAUGACCGAUGCUUUGAUGCAUGCUACAUGGAAGCUGCGUGCAGAGAUGGUCUCAAACUCGCCCUGCAAAGGGGGUUCCAGCGAGUGGUGGUUGAGACCGAUUGCCUACAGGUGGUGCAACUCUGGAAUAAGGUGGAGACCCAGCGUUCGAUCAUCGACCCUGUUCUUCGAGAGAUCAGCGAUCUCAGACUUGCCUUUCAAGAGUUUUCGUUCUCUUUUCUUAGCAAAAAUUGUAAUAAGGUAGCACAUGUUCUCGCUAAGCAGGUUUCGGCCUCGCAUGUUUCAGAGACGUGGCAUGUAACUCCGGCAUAUGCGUGUAUGACCUGAUUGUUUUUGAGGCUUCGGCCAGCUGAUAAUGAAAGGCAACCAAGUAAAAA